CCUGCGCAACUGAGUCGACACUGGUGGCAUACUGGACGCGCUGGAUGGCUGCUGCACUUAGCGAACCGGCGUGAAUCUUUUUUUUUUCUCCCCACCAUCAUCAAUCAUCUUUCUCUGCCUUUGAGCCUGGCAACAAAAAACUGCAACAAUGACAGACCCGUCGACCCAUGAGUCCUACCCUGUCCCAGACCCGACUAUUGUGGAUCCCUGCCCGGCCACGGUGCGGAACGGCCAGUGCGCCCCGGAUGGCUUCACCAACAACCAUCACCAGCAAGCCAAAGCCCCCGGCCAACCUGAGUCGUUCACCACGGGCCAGGAGAUGAAAAUCACAGACAGUGUGGAGGGAGAAGGUCUUCUCGAGAGCAGCAUGCGCUUGAAGCCCCAUGAAGCCCAGAGCUACAGAAAGAAGGCACUCUGGGUCUCCUGGAUCUCCAUCGUGGUCACACUCAUACUGGCUGUGGCAGCUUUCACUGUUUCAUUCAUGAGACACAGUGCGUCAGCCUUUGGAUUUGCCUUUGAUGCCACGCUGGAUGUCCUGUCAUCAGUCAUUGUUCUCUGGCGCUACAGCAAUGCAGCAGCUGUACACUCUGCACACAGAGAGUAUAUAGCAUGUGUAGUCCUUGGGAUUGUGUUCGUUCUCUCCUCCUUGUGCAUCCUUGGAAAGGCCAUCCAUGAUCUGGCUACCAGGGUUCCCCCAGAAGUGGAUGACUUCCUCUUCAGUGUGUCUAUAGUGAGCGGGCUCACAUGUGCUCUUCUGGCUGUGGCCAAGUUCAUGUUGGGAAGAGUGCUGACUAGCCGGGCACUUAUCACUGACGGGUUUAACUCUAUGAUCGGUGCUGUUAUGGGAUUUUCCAUUCUGAUCAGUGCCGAAGUCUUCAAGCACCAUACUGAUGUCUGGUUUCUGGAUGGCACCAUUGGAGUUCUCAUUGGGCUCAUCAUUUUGGCAUAUGGCAUCAAACUCCUGAAGGACAUGGUGCCCCGUGUGAGACAGACAAGGAACUACGAACGUUUUGAGUGAGAGACGCGUGUGUUGACCAGACGAGCAGGUUCACACAUGCACACCCACACACCUGGCUGCCUCCUGCCCUCCGCCCGCCUCUCGCUGUCUUUCAUACAUACUUUAAAACACAUUUCACCUGCACAUGCAGCACAUAUAGACUCUACGCAAACACGUUCUCAUACACAUGAUUAUACACACACAUGCUGUAUAUACAGUACUGUAAACAGUGCAUUCAUACAUUCAGACAUAAACAAACACAUAUGCAUGCACACACAAACACAGACGUCUAAGAUUUUGAGGGAAAAGGACAUGAUUGAAGACCACCUCCUGAAAGGAAAACACAUUCUUCUUCCUUUUUUUUGUCCAUGGAAACCACCGUUUUAAAAAUUACACCUAGAAUAAGGAAAAGGCUCAAGAACUGAAACUCCACCAACAGGAACUUUGGAUUUGUUCGAUCUGUAAACAUUCUGUAGUUGCUGCUUAGAUGAAACCUUACACAUAUCGCAGUUUUCACACUGAGACUACAGUGCAUUGAUUUGUCCUUGAGGGUUCAGCUAUUGUAACAGUGGGCAUAGUGGGGAUCCAAAUUUAUAAAAUGUUUUGGAGGUCUACACAAAAAAUACAGCAUAAGUUACUUGAGAAAACAUCUAAAAUUUGCUUUUUAAAAAAGAAAAAGGUAUUCCUUUCCUUAAACAUACACAGAGGAGUUCCUGUCAAAACCUCACCAGCCUCCUCCCUGCAAAGCAACCACUAUACAUUUUUUUCUGAGAGGAAGAGAGGAGGGGGAAAGCAGACAAAAAGGGGCUCAGACAGAAAGCAUAUAUGCAGUACUGAGUCAACAAACAUUGCUUUCUCUAUAAGGUAAAAAGCAUCAGCGAACACAGUGAGGUCUUGAUAUAGAAACUCUACAACUAAAAGCAAACAACUGUAAAGAGGACAGGAGACACAGAGGACAAACAUUUGCCAUAUGAUGGCUAUAAACCUAAGUGCACAAAACAUUUGACCAGUUUAUAUUACAGAUCAUAGCCUACUGUACUGUAUGUAAUGUAUUCAGGCACAAAUGAGUUAACAGUUAAGCACAGUGCUCAUGGGUAAUUAAAAACUGAGAAAUGAUUUGAGCCUGAUUUGUCUAACUGCUGUAUCUGACUUCUAAUAUGUUUCAUUGCCAUAUAUUGUACAUAUUUGUUGAUUUGUUUACAAGCACACAUACCAUAUUCAGUUAUUUACUGAAAUUCAUCUUUUUUUGGUACUUGAAACUUUGUUUGACAGUUUGACGAAAUAAAGUUUGACCACAACAAACAAACAGCUGAAGAAUUAUAUUAAAAUCUCAGUUUUUAUGAGGGGAAGAUUGAAAAAAAAAACACAUCAGUAUUUAUCUUGUGUUUUUGUUGAAACACCUUUUUCAGGCUUAGAUAAUUAAUACACGUAAAAGCACAAAGUUUCAUCUACCAUUUGCUAUAAUCCUGUUAUUUAUCACUGUCUCUGUGGACUGUUGCUGUGAAUCCAGGUGAGGUAUUUAUUACUUUUAUAAACAUUAUUUCAUUCAUAUAUUUUUUCCCUUGUUUUGACUACAAAGGUCAUAUGAAUAGUUGGAUAAGACAAAGUCUCAAACCUAAGAUGAAACAAAGCACAAUGGCAAAGAUAAAGCAGCCUGUGUGAACAUCAUUUUCAUUGCAUAUCAUUUGCAGAGACAGUGUUUUCUCCUGUGUCUGCUUACCUGCUCACCACCCAUUUGUUCUGCAUGUUCCCAUUGUUAUCAUUCAUCAUUAUGUGCAAUGAACAGAAUGUAAAUACAAACCACACAAUCUGUAAAUAUGUUUAUUACACUGUUUAGGUGCAUCCGUAACAAAAAAGUCACAAAUAUAAUCAUCGUACUUUAUGGCCAACAUAAUAGGCUUUUUGGAGUAGACAGCAUAUAGUUAAAGUACAAGAUGAUCAGUGUUGCAUAUAGUUAAAAAUGUUUACUCUAUAGUGCUUAUAUUGUAAAUGUUGUUUUACAUAUUACUGUAGAUUAUUGGUGAAAUUAAAUGACAAGUCUUACUGUAAGUUUUUGCACUGUAAGUGAAAAUCUCAAAUUGGAUGUAGGUGUGAUCUGACCCCACUGUCCAAGGCUCCUUGGUCACUUAUUAAAUGUUUCUUCUUACUAAGCAAAUAAUUAUCUUAACAGCCACAAUUUACCUGCUGGCACAAAUCAUUUGUGUUAUUUAACUGAAAUUCAGUAGGCAUCAUGAGAAGAUCCAGAAUAAUUUUACAGAAAAACUAGAGUUUUAAACAUGAAUGAUGAUGUAUUAUGUGGAUUUAAUGAAAUUAAGAGAAAUACCUUCAUUGUCAUCCUCUUGGACGACGGAUGGAUCAAUUUAUAGAUUGAUUUUAUACAAAUGCAUUGAGAUGAAUUCAAUUUGAAAUGUAUAUAAAUCAUGCAUAAAUACUGUAUUAUGCCCAAACAGAUAUUAAAAGAGCUCUCUAUCCAUGGCACAAAAUUCUUAAGUGAGCUAAACUGUAUAUAUAACUGCUUGUGGCCUGGUUUCUUCCUGUAAAUGAGGAUCCAGAGUGCUUGUGAGCCCUCUUGUGGUCGGUGGCCAGAAGACAAGAAUUUGAAUUAGUAUUCAGUGCACUGGAUCUAUGAGAGGGAGUCUAAAUUUAUCCCAGGCUGAAGACGGUUACAAAGCCUUGGACAGUGAUUCUGAAAGGGCCUACAUCCACUCGACACUGUAUUUAUCAACUCUGAGGCGACAUACUGGACAAGGUGCAAAAUUUCUGGUGUUAUCUUUAGUUCCAUUGUGUGGAGAAUAAGGAUUAGCUGUAAACUGAAGGCGUGAAUCAGCUCACACCUCUUCGACUCACCAACAGCACACUGAUUUGUAAUGCCCCUCCCCCUUCUCUGAUGCAUAGAAGACAAUCUUUACAGUGACUUUUAUUAGCAAAGCACAGUGUUUACACGCUAAUAACCACCACACAAGGCACAAAACAAAAUCAUAGUAACUCAGUCUUAGUAAUGGUAUGAUUUACUAUCUCUGUUGCUUAUAUGGUUCAUUUUAUUGUGUUUGGGUAGACUUGGUGCCAAAAUCCUUUCUACCUCUCUUCUUCGCACUUUCUUUUAUUUUCAUUCCACUUCUCUUGUGCACAUUAAUGCUACAAAAAAAACUGUCCGGGUGCUGUGAUUGUGCCGCCCCCAUACUCCUUAGUAAUGAGUGAUCUUUGAAGCGGUUGCGCUUACUGUAAAUCACUGGAUAAGUGCAACAGCUGAAUACCAAAAAAAGACGUUAAAUAUAAACUGUAAU